GUGUUGCUGUAGAAACAAAUGAAGCUUCCCGGUCAGUGCUUGUGGCAACAAGAGAGCACGAAAAUAGAUUUCAACUUGAUCGUGUCUGGUUUCAUUCGAAGAAUAAUGUAGCUCGUCAAUUUUGGUAUAUGGUUUUAUACUUCAGAUCUGGGAGCGAAAGAUUACUGUAAUAAACUCGCGAUGAGUCUCGCUAGAAAGGACACAGACGCCGGGCUAAGGGCACUGGUCGCGAGCACAAACAUUAAGCCGGAGCAGAAGGUUCCACAAGUUCUCUCAAAAUUACAAGAUAUUCUGAAUAGGAUAUCUGUCCAAGACGAUAGAGAGUUGGGUGCGUUCAAAAAGUCCUUGUUCAGCCAUGGCAUACUUCAAUACUGCGCAGGUGACGCCCUCAAACUGAACUAUGCCAAAGUUGAAGGAGGCUACGCAACUGCCACUCAGUUGGCAGAAAUUCUCAGCUCCUGCUGUGUGGGUGUGGACAUGGGCGGAGACACUGAGGCCUUCCAUAGGCGGCUGCUCCCAUCCGUCACAGACAGCCUGCUGUCAUUGGCCAGUCGGCUGAUGAACAGAGCUUUGGCAGGGAAUGGGCAGCCUGAAAUGUUUCGUUUCUUCAAGAAAGUGAUGGGCUCUGUGUGUUGGCUUCUGAAAGCCCAUGGUCACCUGGCCGCACAAGUCCUGCAGUCAGACCACUAUGAGAGGAUGUUAAUGAGUGAGGAAGAGAGAGUGGGAACCGUGUGUGUGUCACUGUGGCAUCAGCUUCUGACAGCUAACAGUGAGUUAGUAGCAGGUUUGGGAAAAGGCCCCUUGUCUGUGAUUCUGGAUGACGUCGUGUACCGAAUGGCUCACACAUCCAACCCUGUUGUGGGAGGGGCAGCAAUUAGGACGCUCCUCCUGGUUGCCCGGCAACAAGAAUCCGCCCUGCAGCUUAUCAUCCAUAGGUUCAAAGGGUUGGAGGGCAUGAUUGGUCGAGAAUGGAGGGGGCGGGGCUUCGAUGAGGAAGUGGACCAACUGAUAAAGCUGCUGCACAGAGAAGUCUCCAAACCAGCUGAUCACACAGAGGUAAAAUAUAGGGUGUUUGUUGUUGUUCGUGUGUGUGUGUGCCUUACACUCUCUCUGUGUUAUCAGACGUGGCCAGAGGAGUGUGUGAGAGCGGCGUGUGUCAUCCAGGCAGCGUGGAGAUCCUAUCAGACCAGGAGGAGAGUGAAGAGUCUGCCUAGAGCUGUCAGAUCACUGCAGAGGAGCUUCAGGGAGCGGCGGCGGAGGAGAGCGCAGCAGGCUCAGGCUGUGUGCUGGGAGGAGGAGCUGAGACUACAGCUGUGUGUCAGGAGACAGAGAGCCAGGAGAGAGUUCCAUCAGAAACAACUACAGCUACUGCAGCUACUGCCCCCAGGUCAGGUGCAGCAGUACCUCGGGGAGGUGGAGAGGCAGGCUGCAAUACAGAUCCAGAGGGUUUGGCGAGGCCACCGAGAGAGACGAAACUUCCAGCUACGGAGAAACGCACACACACAGCACAGAGCUGCUGUUGUCCUGCAGAGAACAGUCCUUCGCUUUCUGAAGAGGCGGAGAGCUGAGAAAGCCCCUCCUUCCCUCUCCCCUUGGAUUGGUCCUCGGGGUUUGACUGACAGUCGGAGGGCGGAGCUGAAGAGAGAGGUGGAGGAACAUAUUGCCCUGCACCCGUCCUCUGUGGUGUCUCUAGAGGGCAGUAGGGAGCUCCAUGCUCAGACCCAAGCCUUGCUGCUCCAGCAUCUACAGGGGAGAGAGGCAGAGCUGAGAGAACACACUCACACACACGCCUUGCUGGCACAGAUCAACACCGACCUGGAACUACUGCUGAAUGCCCCCUCACUCAGUGUCGCCACAGUAACCGACUGUGACGUGUUCAGGAGUCGCUCUGCCCCCGUAGCCGCCCGCGCCCGGCAAUCCCACAAUGCCUUGCUCCAGUCCGGUCGCCUGCCUUGGUGGAAGAUGCUGGGUGAUGGUGACAUCACCUGUCCAGAAUCAGAAUCCGCCCACAAAGACCACCGGCUGGAGGCAGAGUUUAACUCUCUGUAUUUAGGAGGUAGCUGACGACGUUGUUCCACAACAGUAUUGUAACGCUGUUAUAACAUUGUCAUAGGGCUGUUGUAAUAAUGUCAUUAUGCUCUGGAAUUCAACCAAUCAUGGGUUUCAGUCUGGACUGUGGUUAGUUGAAUCAGGUGUGUUACUGCAGUGGUCUUUUCAUCGGUCUCUGUGUGGCUGGCCCCUUCAGGAAGAGUUUCAGUCUAAGGAAUUGGAAAGCAAUUUUGUGUACAGAAGUCUGCAUUAAAGUUUGUACUUUUCUACUAUUA